UGAUAUUUCGGUUACCAAACUACAGCAAGCACGGCGUACAUAUAGCGCGAAUGUCACCGCUACACGUUUACUAAGUUCACCUCUCACCCACACCCAUUCUCUGACAAUAUGACCAUAGUCUCAGAUGAUCCCGCGUGGUGGCCGGUCAUCAAUUUAGAUCGUUUUGCCAGCUAUUUUCCAGUUGCCGCCUUUGUUGCGGUGACGUAUGAUUGGUCACUCACAUUUGGACAAGAGGUUGAACUCAUCUGGAGACAACGGUGGUCGCUCAUGACAGUUCUGUACCUCAGUGUGCGCUAUCUUGGAAUCUUGUAUGCUGCCAUGUCUAUCCUGGGUAUGUCGCCUUAGUAUAUUCACUUUCUUCGCUUCUUCUAACCAGCGGCAUGCAGAUAGUGUUCCGAC